CCCUUACAUUUUCGAAGGGUCAACGAGACAUGGAAAGCCUCAACUCAUACAUCGAUUUAUCGAAAUAACCUCUGCUCUCCCACUUCCUUCUAUUCAAAAAGGCAAACAACCCUUAAACAAACAUACCCGAUUUCAUAAAUGAUCGUAGCAGGAUAUUUUUGACCAUUUUCCGUUUUAUUCAACUAUGGACCCAAAAGUGUAAUCCUAGUACACCAAAAAAAGAGAGGGAAACUUUUAAAGAUUUCAAAACAAAUUAAAUACUGAGCUGUUUUGUACCAUUGGCCAUCACUGUUCCCUAUUUGUGGGUUCUCAGUAACACACAGAGCUCAGAAAGGUUGUAGAGGCUAACAAUGGUGAAAGCGGGAAGAAAAAGAGGUGCACCAGCUGAAGAAGAACCAAAUGACGGAGCAGUAGAUUAUGAGAAGCAAAGGGCUGAGAGAAUCAAAGAGAACAAAGACAGACUGCACAAACUUGGUAUUCUCGAACUCACAAAAAACCUAAAUCCCCCUUCCAAGAAACUCACCACUCCUCGAGUCAGCCGCCAGGCGGUGUCAAUUGAUGACCCACCUCGCCGCUCUUUUAGGUUGAAGGAUAAGCCUCCAGUUAGUUACAUAGAAAGGAUGAUUCCCAAGACAGAUAAGGUAUCAACGCAGGAUGUGGAGAUUAACAUAGAAGAAGGUGAAAACCCUGAGUUCUACACAGAGGAGCAUGAAAAGCUUUUAGGUGAUUGCCAGAAUGCUUGGACUCUCUGUGUUGAUGGUUAUGAUGAAGAUGGUCAGCGUGUAUAUGAUCCUGAUAAUGGCAAGUCAUGCCAUCAGUGCAGGCAGAAAACUCUUGGUCAACGCACUGCGUGUAGCAAUUGCAAGCUCGGUCAAGGACAAUUCUGUGGAGAUUGUCUGUACACGAGGUAUGGCGAGAAUGUCAUUGAAACAAAUGAAAAUGCAAACUGGAUUUGCCCUGUCUGCCGAGGAAUAUGCAAUUGCAGUCGAUGCAGGCAUGAAAAGGGGUAUGCAGCAACUGGUGCAAUCUACAGAAAGGUACUGCGUCUUGGUUACAAAUCUGUGGCUCACUACCUUGUCAAAACUCGAAUGGUAGUGACCACGAAUAUCUAAGCUCUGCAGAUUCACCUUCCAGGAAGAGUACAGUGCCAUUCACAGAGUUCAAUAAUACUCUCUCAACUUCUCAAAC